AUGGAGGCAUUGGAGGAAGGAAGGCUGCCAUGUCGGGUCCUGGAAUUUGGCGUUUCGGACUUUGGCGUGCCUGCUGAUGCACCGGCUUACAAAGAGGUGAUUGGCGAGUUGGCAGCCAUGCUUACUGAAGGCCGCAAUAUCGUCCUUCAUUGCCAUGCUGGAGUUGGACGUACUGGGACCGCGGCAGUGGCCGUGCUGUGUAGCUUGGGCAUCGAACUUGAAGAAGCCUCGAAAUGGGUGGCAGAGGCUGGCAGUGGGCCAGAGACUUCUGUGCAAACGGCGUUCUUGCAAGAGCAUUUCGCCAACACGAAGGUUUGCAAGGCUACACCAAGGCGGUCCGAGACUGACAAAGACAAUGACAAGCGCAGUUUCGAAACCUGA